AUUUUUUUCAUUCAAAUACAUCUAAAUUUAUUUUAUUUCUUUAUCAUUCCAGAAUUAUACAAUUAAUUCUGUUGUUUUUUGGUUUAAUGACGUUAGCAUUACUGUAUAUGCAAUUAUAUUAGGACUAUGUCCUCGAGACAAACAUUGGGUAUAGUUUUGAUUGAUAUAUUUUUGAUAUUUCAUCUCUCGUGAACGAGAAAAAGAAAAAGUAUACAAGUGCAAAGAGCAGAAAGCAGAAGGGUAUAUAUCUGUGAACGAAAGAUAAUAGAAAAACUCAUCGGGAAAGCGAACGUGUGCAACUAUCCAGCGCAUAAUUUUAGUCGUCUUUCAAUUUUAUAUACCGAAAGAGUGCGUCAAUGCAUUGAGCGAUGUCGAAAAAUAAAAUCGCGAGUUCCAAACUCGAAAGUGAUCAUAUUGAAAUAAAGUCAAAAUUUGACGCUGAAUUCCGACGGUGGUCCCUCAAACGAUCCGAACAUCACAAUUUCGAGGAAUUCCAAUCCCUGAUCGAGCGCCUGCACAAUUUAGAACGUUCCCAGUUGCUAGUAUCUUAUAUUGAUCCACGGGACAACGAUUUAUUGCCAAUCAAUAAUGACGAUAACUUCGGUAGAGCUCUCUCAACCGCCCGACCCCUGCUUCGAGUUAUUAUUCAACGAAAAGGUGACAGUAUAGAAGAGAUUACUGGUUAUGGAACUAUAAGACCACGUAAUUUGAUCAGCAGUAUUCUUGGACAAACGCCGGUUAAAUCGAAAAGUUUAGCCAUUUCCAAUCCACAUGAUUUCCGGCAGGUAUCUGCUAUCAUCGAUGUUGAUAUCGUGCCGGAGACUUGUAGGCGUGUUCGUUUGCUGAAGCAUGGUAGUGACAAACCAUUAGGAUUCUAUAUCCGUGAUGGAAACUCUGUGCGCGUUACUGCAAACGGCCUAGAAAUGCAGCCAGGUAUAUUCAUCUCUCGUUUAGUGCCAGGAGGUUUGGCCGAAAGCACUGGACUGCUUGCAGUCAACGAUGAAGUGCUGGAAGUGAAUGGUAUUGAAGUAAAUGGGAAAACGUUAGAUCAAGUAACUGAUAUGAUGGUGGCAAAUAGCUCAAAUCUAAUAAUUACUGUAAAACCAGCAAAUCAAAGAACGUUGGCCCCGCCACGGCGUGGAUCAUUUUCCCGCAAUAGUCAGUUAUCGGGCGGCUCGCACCAAUCUCAUCAUACGACAACUUCAGACGACAACGAUCAAGAAGAUCAAGAUGAAAUUCGCGAUCUUACUGGCGCGGUUACAUUAGAGGAAAACACUUUGAUUACGCAGAAGGAUGGCGUUUUACAUCUCUAGAUUGUACGACAGAAUGGGUGUUGUUGCAAUCUUGAGUGAAAAAUCAUCCAAGCUUAAUGAGCACCUGCGCACCUUUCGUAAAUUUACAUCUUCAAACAAUGACAUGUUCCAGAAAGGCGUUCGCGCUGUUGGUGUUGAUUAUGCCUUCCCACAUUUUUUACACAACGGUGAGAAACCGCACUCGAUCCACUUAUAAAUGGAGAAUAUUUACACUUUACCUGGAUACCGAUUUAGAAGUAUAUCUCAAAUUAAGCAGUAAACAGUAUUCUACAAACAUUCCUUCGAUAUUCAAUGUCUUCAUAAUGAAAUGGAAAAAAAUGUAUGUGUAUGAUGAUUGUUUUUUGCAAUCUCGUUUUAUGUCACUCAUUUGCAGUUCUGCUUCUUGGUUCUGUUUGCGUAUUUUUAUAUCUUGUGGAAAUAUUUCAUUUAGACCACCAAUAAAAAUCAUAGUUUUCGGACAUUCCAGUAGAAAUAAUUUUGUUCCCGACGUUGUGGUGUCAUAUUCAUCGUACAUUUUUCUAUGUUAAUUUCAUCGUUUCUAUACUUCUAAGAAGUUAUUGUUCUAUAAAUUAAUAACAUAAAUGAAGCAAUAUUGUAAUUACAGUUAAAAUCACAUGUGUUGUAAUACUGCAUUGAAUCUAACAGUGCUCAAUUGGAAAUCACGCAUCAAAAUUUGCCUUUAAAACGUUAGAUAUUAGUGCCUUUUUUGGUAUCGAACAUCUAUUUUAAUCGAAUCAAUCAAAUAGGUCUAUCCGAACCAUGCCUUGCUAUAUACAAGUUAUAACGAAAAUAUCAAUGAUCGUCGUAUCAUCAAAAAACGAGAGAAGCAUAAAACGAUAUCACAUUUUAGUAUCAUGUGUGAUGCGAUGCGAUGUGAGAUGAUUAUAAUGUAGUUUACUACAUCUUUUAGUCAGAUAACAAGAGCAACAAGAAGAGGUCAACCGUCCUUUGUCUCAAAUGAAAUUUAGUGUUAGAAACGUAUAUUAUACGAACCAAGUAAUAAAGAUGUGCUGGUCUUUUAUAUAGAUACCAAAUAAACUGCUCGAAAACUGAUUCAAAAGCAAAAAAAACUGUAUUUUCCCAAUCAGAUCAAUGAGAAAUUCUAUUACCCGAAAAAUCGUGUUAUAAAAAGUUAAUAAAACAUAGAUUAAAACAUAACCACGAAUAAGAUUACUUAUACAUUACGUAUACUCUUCACUUGAAAAGUAUAUUUCAGUUGAGUUAAAGUAUAUUUCAGUUGAGUUAAUUCAAUGGAUAAUCCAUUUGAAAUAAUAUUCAGUGUGUAUAACAACUGUUCUGCAUAAAACAAUAUUUUAUUAAACGGAGACAUGUAUGUUAACUA